ACAUAGUCCCAUCUGGGCCCCUUGGUUCCCUGUCCAUUACUUUGAGCCCUGACCCCUUUAAUGUGGGGAUCAUCCCCUGUGUGUCGCUGCCGGACCCCAGGAUAGCUGCCAGCACUACGAGAUUGAGUAUCGCCACCGAGCGGCCAACCUGGAGAAGUGCAUGUCUGAGCUAUGGCGCAUGGAACGCAAGAGAGACAAGAACGCGCGGGAGAUGAAGGAGAGCGUGAACCGGCUGCACGCGCAGAUGCAGGCCUUCGUGUCCGAGAGCAAGCGCGCCGCCGAGCUAGAGGAGAAGCGGCGCUACCGCUUCCUGGCCGAGAAGCACCUGCUGCUCUCCAACACUUUCCUGCAGUUCUUGGGCCGGGCCCGGGGGAUGCUGCAGAACCGCGUGUUGCUAUGGAAGGAGCAGACAGAGGCUAGCCGCAGCCCGCGUGCCCACUCUCCGGGGCUGCUGGGCUCCGCGCUGGGGCCGCCCUACCCCUCGGGCCGCCUGACGCCCACCCGGCUGGACAUGCCCCCGAGGUCCCUGGGAGAGUACGGCUCCCCCCGCAGCCGGCACGGCUCCGGCUCCUACGGCCCCGAGCCCGCCGAGGCGAGGUCCGCGUCCCAGUUGGAGCCAGACCGCCGAUCGCUGCCCCGGACGCCGUCGGCCUCCUCUCUGUACGCUAGCAGCGCCCAGCGCUCGCGGUCCAAUUCCUUCGGCGAGCGCCUGGGUGGCGGGGUUGCCAGGAGAGUCCGCGCCCUGGUCUCCCACUCGGAGGGUGCCAACCACACGCUGCUGCGCUUCUCGGCUGGAGAUGUAGUUGAGGUGCUGGUGCCCGAAGCUCAGAACGGCUGGCUCUACGGCAAGCUGGAGGGCUCGUCCGCGAGCGGCUGGUUCCCUGAGGCCUAUGUGAAACCUUUGGAGGAGAUGCCAGCGAAUGCCAUGAACCCGGUGGCCCCUAUGAACUCCAUGGCCCCCAUGAGCCCUAUGAAUGAACUGCCUUCCAGGUCCUACCCCCUCCGGGGCAGCCACAGCCUUGAUGACCUCUUGGACCGGCCAGGCAAUCCCACAGGACCUUCAGAAUACUGGGAUAGUCAGUCCCGCUCCCGGACCCCGAGCCGUGCCCCCAGCCGUGCCCCCAGCCCCGCACCCCCGCCCUUGCCCAGCAGCAGGCGCAGCAGUGUGGGCAGCAUGGGGGCAGCCACCGAUGUCAAGAAACUUAUGUCCUGGGAACAGAACCCCCCAGAGCUCUUUCCACGGGGCACAAAUCCCUUUGCCACCGUGAAGCUGCGUCCCACUGUCACCAACGACCGCUCAGCACCCCUCAUCCGCUGAGGCAAAGCCCGCCACCAGGGCCUGAGGUGGCCCAGUACACCUGCCCAGAGCUAUUCCAGCUGGCAGCAGCAGCAGUGGAUCCAAGAUGCCAGGCGCCGGCUCAGAGGAUCAUUCUUACCCCUCUGCCCCGAGCGCAGCAUCUUCCUGAGGGCUGGGCUUGCAGCGUGGAGCAGGCAGAAGGGGGCGGAGGCCCAGAGCCACUUGUUGCUUCCGGAACCCAAAGA